AUGACAGAGGAAUAUGAUGAGUCCACCUCGCUUAUAAACAGAAGACCAUCACGGCUGUUUCUAGAUACACCACUUGGUUCAUUCAAAGGCCCAAAUUCGUUACACAAUUUUGCUAGCUCAUUCACUCGUGCACAAUCUUUUGCAGCUUCCAAAAUCGACAAUGAGAUCCACAAAGAAAGAUCGUUCUUCGUUAGAGAGCCUACUGGAGAUGGAGCUGAAGAUGAAACAUUUGACCCGGAAUUGAUGGUUCCAUCUUAUCGUGGUGAACGACUUAGCCUGGUUGUGCAUGAUUUGCAUCGGAACCAAUUGUUUAUGAAUAACGAUCUUGAUUCCGCUUUGUCUCCUAACAACGAUGUGUUUUACCACGAUGAUGUUGUGAAUGCAAUAAACGAGUCAAGAUCACGCCAAGGGUCAGACUUUUUUGGAAGCGGUAUCCCCAUGGGUAAAAAGAUUCUUCCUCAACCUUCAUUUUCAAGUUUUAGAAGUUCAAUAUCUAUGGCCACAACUACGAGUCAGAUGACGUUGAAAAAGAUUGAGGAUUCAGAUGGGAACAUUAUCACCGUGUUGGCAGGUCAAUCAACUGUACCUCAAACCGUGUUCAAUUCCGUCAAUGUGUUAAUCGGUGUCGGGUUGCUUGCGUUGCCAGUUGGGAUUAUGAAAGCUGGGUGGGUGUUUGGUGUUCCUAUAUUGGUUGCAUGUGGGAUUAUAACAUUUUGGACUGCAACAUUGCUUUCAAAGGCUAUGGAGACAGAUGCAACGAUCAUGACGUAUGCUGAUCUAGGUUAUGCUGCUUAUGGGUCCAUGGCUAAGCUUGUCAUAUCCCUACUUUUUUCAAUUGACUUGGUAGGUGCUGGCGUUUCAUUAAUUAUCUUGUUUAGUGACUCGUUUGUUGGAGUAUUGAGUAAUGAUCCUACAACAACGAAAAUUAUAACCUUUUUCAUUUUGACACCAUUCACAUUCAUCCCAUUACCGAUAUUGUCAGUUUUCUCAUUACUUGGUAUCUUAUCGACUAUUACUAUCACAUUGUUGGUGAUAUUUUGCGGCUUAAUCAAGGAUACAUCACCUGGUUCAUUGAUAGAAGUCAUGCCAACAAAUCUUUGGCCAGAGACUGGCAAGAAUUUUUUACUUGGUGUAGGUAUAUUAAUGGCGCCAUUUGGUGGACACGCAAUCUUUCCUAAUUUGAGAAGUGAUAUGAGACACCCGUACAAAUUCACAAAGUCAUUACGAUACACAUACAUUAUAACUUUGAUUACAGAUUGUCUGAUGGGGAUUUUUGGAUUUUUAAUGUUUGGUGCAACGUGUAGCAAUGAGGUCACCAACACGUUAUUGCAAACAGUGGGGUAUCCGUCUUGCAUCUAUCCAUUGAUAAAGUCAUUGAUUUGCGUGAUACCAUUGGCCAAGACGCCUCUCAAUGCGAAACCAAUAAUUUCAUCCUUGGAUGUAUUGUUUGGGGUAUCCAAUCAGGCAGAGACCAAAUCAAGGGCAAUUUUCAACUCGGUAAACAAAUUUGUGAUUAGAGUCGGGGUCAAUGCUGUGUUUGUCUUUUUGGCGAUUGUGUUUCCAGAAUUUGAGAAAAUCAUCGGUAUAUUGGGUGCAUCAAUCUGUUUCAUCAUUUGCAUUAUAUUGCCCUGCCUCUUUUAUACCAAGCUAUGCGGAGGCAAGUUAUCCACACUUGAAUCGGGUACAAUCUACUUUAUCAUUUUGGGUUCUUGUGUUUUGGGAGUAAUGGCUAGCUGGGCCGUUGUCACAAUUUAA